AGCCCAAAGGAGGGGAAAGGCAGAACCCCGUCCUGGGGCUGCUGGAACCUGGCUGGAUUCAGGACAGAACACGGUGCUGUGCUCAGGAAAACCCCUGUGCCAGGUCACCCUCGGUGCUGACACUCACCUGUGCCCUGCUUUUAACAUCACAUUUCACAACAAAGCAGCAAAGGCAGAGACAUCCCUGACUCGUACUUGCCUUUCUCAGCACGGCCCAGCUUUGCUCAGAAAAGCCCCAGAACUGAGUGGGUGGACAGCGAAGAGAAGUGGAAGUGGCUGCUCAGUGACUUUCCUGGCGCUGUUUGAACGCCUCCGAGACGUCACUGAGCCGGCCCCUGGGGGAAAAACGAGCGCUCAGCUCCCGCCGGGGCACAGCCCGGCUCCGCGCUCGCCCUGCUGCCACGGAGGAUGCUGAGCGGCCAUGGUCCCCUCUGCCACCGCCCUGGCGCUGUGCCUGGCGCUGCUCCUCGCCUGCCCCACGCACGGUGAGAAGCUGGCUCCCCGCUCCGUGCGCUUCGCCGCCGAGGUGGGCUGGCACCUGCUGAGGUGGGAGCCGGGGCACGGCUGCCCCAGCAACGCCCGCUACGACGUGGAGUACGUCGUCUACGGCUCAAACAUCCCCUGGACAGCCAUCCCAGAGUGCACCAACACCUCGGAGCACUCCUGUGACCUCACCCGCUACACCCUGGACCUGGAGCAGCGCUACUACGCGCGGGUCAGGGCCAUGGCCGGGAACAAAACGUCCUCCUGGAAAAAGACUGGCAGCUUCUCCCCACUGCAAGCUGGGCCGCGCCUGGCGAGCCAGAGCCUCUCCGUGGUGGGCAACUCCAUCCAGGUGCGGCUGCAGCUGCUGCUCCCCCCCGGGAACAUCACCCAGGAGUACAGGGACUUCCAGAGGGAAAUGACCCACUACCACGUGUACCUCAGGAGGACACGGGACAACCAAACGAUCACGGUGGUGAAGAACAGCAGCGAGUUCACCAUCAGGGAGCUGUUCUGGCUCACAGAGUACUGCCUGAGCGUGGAGCCCAGGCUGGCCCACCGGCCCGUCCCCACCACGCGCUCCGGCGAGCAGUGCGUCACCACCGGCCCCAGGGACAGGAGUGCAGAGCGGCUCCCGAGCAUCCUCAGCUCCUUCUUCAUCGUCCUGUCCUUGCUGGGGCUCCUGGGGGCUCUGCUGGCGUGUACCUACAUCAGGAAACCCGUGAGGACACCGUCUGCCCUGAAGUCCUUCAUGAAGCAGAGCUCCCUCUGGGUGGAGCACGAGCCCCCGUCCUUGGCCAGCCUGGAUGCAGACCCCAUCCAGCAGCUCUUCCUGUGCCAGAAGGAGCCCCAGCCGGGCAGCAGCCCUGACAGCAGCACCAACGCAGCCCAGCCGCCCCUGGGGCAGGGCUGGAAGCUCCCAGCGUGGCCCAAGGACCAGCUGGGGCCCGCGGGGAGCAGGGACAGCAGUGGCACCAGCACCGACAGCGGCAUCUGCCUGCACAUCCCCUCCUCCUCCUCCUCCUCCUCCUCCUCCCUGAGCUGCUCCGAGCCCCAGGGCUACAGGCAGCAGCUGCCCACGGCCGAGGACAGCGGGGUGGGCUUGGAGAGCCCCUGUCCUGCUGCUGGCUGCUCCUCUGGCAGCGGGAACGCCAGCCCGGGGCUGUGCCCUGCCACCAGCCAGGCAGAAGUGCAGUUCCGGGGGUACCUGCAGCAGUCCAAGGGCACCUUGGAGCCAGAGGGGGUCCCGGAUGAGGGAGAGCCCCUCUGGAGCUGUGCAGCGUCCGUGCAGGGCCUGGGCAGCACCGACACCGCGCUGGACGUGGAGUGCUCCGAGCUGGCUGUGCCCAAAGGGUAUUUGAAGCAGUCCUGCCCCGAGCAUCCCCUCACGCAGCACCUCGCUCCCUGGGGAGCCCCUGCCUGCGACUUCUCUGGCCAGGUGGGGCCCCAAGCCCCCACCCUGCUCAGCUGGGCAGCCCCAGCUGCUCCACUGACCUGCAAAGCCAGCCCUGAUCUGAAAACUCCCUUUGACCUCAACAUCUUCAACAACACUGCCUUCCUGGGGACGCUGCCGCUCGCCCCCAGCCUCAGCUCCAGCUGGAUCCCGCUGCCCACCGAGCCCCUGGGCCAGCUCGGCGGGGACAGCAAGGACAGCCGCCUGUGACCCGUCCCCUGGGGGCCACCAGCCCCGUGCUCCGACCCUACUACCUCAUCUGCCUCUGGAUAAGCUACUCCUGACCCCGGAAUGUCCACGGUGCCAGGCCCAGCCGUGGCCCAGGAGCACCAGCUCGGCCACUGGUGGGGCUGCUUUGCUGUGGGCAGCCCCCAGUGCACCCCUCCAGCCCCCCAGCUAUGGGAGACAGGGAUGGGCUGUGCUGGAGGGGCUCAUGCCCACCUCCUCGGGCCACCAAGGACACACCCAGGGCACCUCUGCCUUGCCUGCCCUCCUCAGCAGCCCAGCGCGGGCUGCAGGGCCACCCUCGGGGCCUGGGCUGGUCCUGUGCUCCCACUUCCCCCUUUCCUGGGCACGCUGGGCUCCUGCUGCUGACGUCCCCACUCCUGGAGCCAUCCCAGCCUUUCACAACACAGCGGCUGAGGGCGGGGGUCAGGCUGACAUCAGCACCCUGCUGCUGGCAGCACGGGGCUCCUGCCCUGCCUGGCCCCACAGGGACGGACCCAGAGACUUUCCUGAGCCUACAGAGACCCUCCAGCCCCCAGCCCCUCUGGGGGAGCCCCAGGGCAGGAUACGGGAUGCACCUGCGGGCCCAGCACGAGCCAGGGCAGUCCUACCCACACUAUGGUCUGUGUUCUGCCACUCCUGGAUACAGACGUUAUUUAUUGCGUUUCAUUUGUAAAUACAGAAAGGAUGUGUUAUUUAUUUGGU